UCAUCUGAAAGAGAUGCGCUGGACUAGCUUGCACAUGCACAUGCCGGACCGGAGCAGCCCCUGGCGACGAUUUCAGUUGCCUCUGCUGACUGCUCCUGCUGUCCUGCAUCAUCACGGACGACUACUACUGCUGCCACGACAGAGCGGCACCGACCCUUCCAACCCGGAGACGAGAUAGAGCACAGCAGCUGCAGCGCCGCCGUAGCCGGAGAGGGCGAUGGGCACCGUCGAGGCCGGGCUGCCCCUCGCCGACCCGGCCGCCGACGCCGACCGGGCGCGGCUGCAGCAGCUGGGAUACAAGCAGGAGCUCAAGCGCGGCCUCUCUGUUGUUUCCAACUUCGCCUUCUCCUUCGCCAUCAUCUCCGUGCUGACGGGCGUCACCACGACGUACAACACCGGCCUGCGCUACGGCGGCCCGGCGUCCAUGACGCUGGGCUGGCUCGUCGUGGCCGCGUUCAACGGCUGCGUCGCGCUGUCCAUGGCGGAGAUCUGCUCGGCCUACCCGACCUCCGGCGGGCUCUACUACUGGAGCGCCAAGCUCGCCGGCAAGGAAUGGGCUCCACUCGCUUCCUGGGUCACCGGAUGGUUCAACAUCGUGGGUCAGUGGGCUUGCACCACGAGCGUGGACUUCUCGUUGGCGCAGCUUAUCCAGGUGAUCGUCCUGCUCAGCACCGGCGGAGCCAACGGCGGCGGCUACCUCGCCUCCAAGUACGUCGUGCUCGCCAUCUACACCGCCAUCCUGAUCGUGCACGGCCUCAUCAACAGCCUGCCCAUCCAGUGGCUCUCCUGGUUUGGCCAGCUCGGAGCGUUCUGGAAUGUAGCAGGUGUCUUUGUCCUGGUGAUCUCGAUCCCAUCGGUGGCCAAGGAGAGGGCGAGCGUUGAGUUCAUCUUCACCCACUUCAACACAGAGAACGGCAUGGGGAUCCACGGCAAGCCUUACAUCCUAGCCCUGGGCUUGCUCAUGAGCCAGUACUCCAGCAUCGGCUACGACACAUCUGCUCACAUGACGGAGGAGACGAAGAACGCGGAGUGGAGCGGGCCGAUGGGGAUCGUUAGCUCCGUUGCUCUGUCCAGCAUCUUCGGAUGGAUUUACCUGCUGACUCUGACGUCGGUAGUGACCGACAUCCCGUACUUGCUGGACACCAGCAACGACGCCGGCGGGUACGCCAUUGCUCAGGCCCUCUACACCACCUUCCACCGGAGGUACGGCAGCGGCGUCGGGGGAAUCGCCUGCCUGGGCAUCAUCGCCGUCGCCGUCUUCCUCUGCGGCACCGCGUGCGUGACCAGCAACUCGAGGAUGGGGUACGCCUUCUCCAGGGACGGGGCGAUGCCCUUGUCGCGUGUCUGGCAUCGGGUGAACAAGCAGGAGGUGCCCCUGAACGUCGUCUGGCUCUCCGUCUCGGUGGCGUUCGUCAUGGCCCUCACGUCGCUGCGGAGCCAGGUGGCGUUCCAGGCCAUGGUGUCCAUCGCCACGCUCGGUCUCUACAUCUCCUACGCGCUGCCGAUCGUCUUCCGCGUGACGACGGCCCGGAAGUCCUUCGUUCCAGGGCCGUUCCACCUCGGGAGGUACGGGGUCGCCGUCGGCGCGGCCGCCGUUGCCUGGGUGGCCCUCGUCACCGUGCUCUUCUGCCUGCCGGUGGCGUACCCCGUCGCCAAGGACAACUUCAACUACACGCCGGCGGCCGUCGGGGGCGUGCUGGCGCUCAGCCUCGGCGCGUGGGUGCUGCACGCCCGGUUCUGGUUCCGAGGGCCCGUCACCAACGUCGGCGAGGCGUAAGUUGGGCUGUGCGCCUGCGGCCCAACAGUGCUGUGACGUGUAUUGUAUGUAUUAUGCGGGACACUUCCUCCGAUUUACUAUAACCUUGCAAGGAGCGAACUGAACUUGCCAUUUUCA